CGGAUUUUUAUCGUCGACAAAGUGAUCUUUACAGUAAUACAUAAGUUAGUUAAAUAUUAAAUUUUUCUUUCUCACUGUAAAUCGAUAAAAAUGAAUUUUCGCAUCGGUCUGGUGAUCGUGACGUUCGCAGCCUUAGUGUUUUCGACGAUGACCGCAGUGUACGGUGCUCGGACCGCGGCGAUGUACGUCAAGGAACGUGGCCAAGUUCAGGAUCUGGAGGCGUCGGCGUCCGGAUAUAUUUACAGAACAGACGGACAGAGCCCGCCGGUGUUCAUAAAGCUCGGGGAAGGCAACGACGAAAAGUUCGACGCCAUACUAGAAAGUGAGUAUUACAUCAGUACGACGUUUUGAAAAAGUGUUAUAAAAACGGAAAACGGUUUUACAGUUCUCUCGAAUUCCGAAUAGUUUACAACCGACUUCAAAAUAGAAGGUCCUCUAUUCGUAAUUGGGUGAUGUAAUUAUUUAAUAUGUUUGCGCAUAACUCCGUUAAAUUAUAAAUUUGUUUGGAUGAAUUUAUUUUUCAAAAAAAUAUACAUUCCAGAUAAUCUUUUUUUUUUGUACUUCGGAUAUAGUUGGUGUGAAACGGAUUAUGUUUUGAUUUUUCAAACGGUUUUAAUAAAAAUUGGGAAAACUUACGGCGUUAAUCAUUUCAUUAUUUUAAAUUUGAUCGAUUUUUGUUUUCUACCAGAAAUCUUGCUCAAUAUUUUAAGAAUAGCACAUUUUCUAAAAGAAAAUGUUUUCUAGUUGGUAAAUUAGAUAACUGGUUUUUAAUUUCUGGGUAGUUUUCUUAAUAAUUGGGACAAACCCGGAAAAAACAUAGGAAGCACGAGAAUGUUUACGGUAUUAAUGGUUUAAUUUUUUUCGGAUUUUUUUUUGUUUUAGUUCGGUUAAAAAUAAUCGUAGAGACCUGGAUUUUUCAUAGAACAUUUUUUUUAACCUUUUCCAAAUGUGAUUCGUUUUUCAUUCAUCAAUAUCAUCAGGGGAAAUUGCAAUUUUAUUUGUACUUAGCUAUUCGUUGAUCGUAUCACAUGCCAUGCAGUAAAUUUAAUUUAUAAGAAAUUGUGUAUUUUUAAUAAUAAUUGUGCUCAUUUUUAAAAAUAACUAAGUUGAAGCUCAAAUUGUUAACGAUAUUGUAAAACUAUAGGUAAUUAUUAUUUUAAGGAAUUUGCAAUAAGAAUUAUUUUGGGAUUAAUUAUUAGGACACCCAACCUCCCCCCCAAUCAGGUUUGUGUACUACUAAUAGUUUUAGCACCCAAUAUAAUUUAGGUCUAGCCUAAUAUGUCGGUAUUGCAGUUUUUCGCGAAUACCUGCAAUUUCAAAAAUAUUUCACCGAAAACGAUUCAAAUUACACAAUUUUAUCAUUUUAACAAAUUGGUUACUGAAAUAUUUUACUCAAAUAGCGAACAAGAAUCUCUACCUACCAUAUAUUUCCAAAUAAUACAUUAUGCAGGUUCAUCCAAAAUAACGUCGAUGGACUGUAAUAUUUUCGCUUCGCAUGUAUAAACGUAUUUAAAUAGUUUGAAUAGUGAAGUGGGUGCAUUCCAUUUUGGAAAUUCGUACUUGGAAUAUUUCAAGUUUAUAAUAGACGCACUAUUCGAAUAAUAUUAUAAUUUAUGCGAAAUCAAAGUAUACACACCUACAUGCUGACACCGUUUGAUGAUGGUAUUUGUCGAUUUUCGCACACACCGAAAACAACUGUGUGUCUAAUACUGCACCUACACCUAGCUGCCUACCACCAUACUUUUAACACCGGUUAUUGUAAUAUAAUAUAGAGAAGGACGUUUUAUUACACAAGUUUUAGCCGAAUUCGGAACAAUUCGAAAACUUUAUCUUGUAUAUACCUACCUAAAUAUAUAUAUGGGAACAUGCGUAAUAAUAAUAUAAGCCCCUCAAGUAGAAAACUCAAAUCACAUUACAUUUACGCCGUCGACGGCGCCAAUAACUUGUUAACAGAUCGGGAACUUAAAUAUUGAUGUAAUAAUAGUCCCCCUGGUGCAAUUUCAACGGUUAUUACUAUUAUAUUUUUUUUUUUUUUUUUUGCAUGCCGAUAACCUUUUCGAUAAAGAUAAAAACGAAAUAAAUAAAACAGUUACGAUAUUACAAUAAUAUUAUUAUAUACGGCUUUAUUCGCAGCAUCCGAUCGAUAUUAAUCGGACGAAACGAUUAUACAAACAAAUCCUAAUAAUUAAACACGAACGCGAAGAUCAACGGAUGCAAUAUGUUCGAUUGUGGUUAAAAUUCUUAGAGAUGUAUAUUUUUAAAUAUGCUCUUUUUUGCCAGCAUCAUUAUAAACAAUUAUAAUUUCAAAUUCGUUUAGUACAUUGAACGUUUUAAUCACAACGACUUCUUAUUUGCAUCUAUCUUAUUACUUAUUAUUGUAUGAAUUGGUGAAUUUUGUUAAAAAUAUGCGUCGAAUGGCUGUAUCAACUUAUAAGUAAUUUGAAAAAAAAUUAAUUCCGUCAAGUUAUUAGGUACUGAUAAAUCGACUUCCACGUAUCCAACGCAUUCUAAUGGAUAAUAAAUAACUUCAAAGUUACAGAGUUGCUUAAAUUUUGUCAUUUUAUUACUAAACAGAUUUAAAUAUAUUAUAGAUCAAUAUUAUGAUAGAUUCAUAUCGGUCUAUACAUAUCAAAUUAAUAUGAUAAUUACUUUUUUUUAAAAAUAUUUUUGAUUUCAAAUUAUGAUUAUUUGAUUUAAAAGAGGAAAACGAACAAAAUCCAAUUUUAAAUAUGUAUCAAUCUGUUUUUUUUUCACAAAAUAAAAAUGCAUAUAAUGAUCGAUUAUUAAUGAUAAUCGAGAUUAAAAAUUAUUAUCGAUAAUGAUAUGAUAUUUUCCAUCAUUGCUGCAGUAUUCGACUGUACCGUAACCAGAGGCGUAUUUAUGUAAUAAUCAAAAUAAAAAAAAAAUUUCGUUUACAAAAAAACCUACCUAAAAACAACACACCUCUCCUGAGUUAUUAAGUUAUAGAAUAAAACAAAUGACGUGAUAUUUGUUUCUUGAUUUAAAGUAAUAUUAUACUACCUAAUAAAUUAAAUAAAAAAAACAUAUAUUUACAUAUAAAUAUUGACUGAAAAAAUAAAAUAUAGUUUAAAAAAUUUAUCGUCGUGGCGUAAGUCAUCAUUAAACGGUUUUGCGCUCUUUCGGGUAUUACUUGGACUUGCCAUCCUUGAUGUAAUCCUUGAUAAUAUAUUAUUUAAAGUUCAUCUAGACGAAAUAUCAGAAAGCCUUGUAUCCUCUCUCCAGUUUAUGUCGUUGUAAAUAAUAAUCAUAAACAAAAAACAAACGGACAUACUUUACACGAUGGGUGAACCACUGCUGUAGGUGAUAAGUUGAGAAGGUAUAGAGAAAAUUUAAAGAAUAUCUGUAUGCAAUGAUUAUCUAUUGCAAACGAAAAACGAUUCUAAGCGGAGUACGGUUGUGCAAGUUUUGAAAGGCCGUAAUAUGUACGUAACAUUUAAUAUUUUUUUAAAAAUAAUACAUUUCGUAAAAUUUCCCGUUUUUACUACGUUUUUUCUCGGUUUUUCCCAUUUAUUAUGAAAACUCCUGAGAAAAUGAAAAAAUGACUCGUUUAAAGUACCAUCUUAGUCAAAUUUCUUUUCAUAAAAUGUGCUAAACUUAAAUAUUAGAGCAAAAUUUCUGGUGAAAAGUUGUUCACAGAAAAAAAAAUUUUUAAAAAAUAAACAUCAUUAUAAAAUCAAUACAUUUCUCGCUCCGCUCAAAAUCUAAAAUUUGUGAUUUUACAAGAUACGAUGAUAUAUACGUAUUACAAACGUGAUGAAAACACUACAUAUUUUGAUUCCCAAUAGAAAUAUGUCUCGUAAAUAAUGUGUGUAACUUAAAAUUAAAUUGAAAAAAAUACGUCCUAGGAUGUUGUACCGAUUUUUCAGUUUUCCUACGUUUUUUUCCGAUUUUCCCAUGUUUUAUCCUGGUUUAUCAAAUUUAAUGAAAAAACUCCUGAGAAAAUUGAAAAAUGUCUUCUCUAAAGUACUUCGCAAGUAAAAUUUCCUUUUAGAAACAUUGCUAUUAUUAAAAGUUAGAGCAAAAUUACCGAUGAAAAAGUUGUGCACAGAAAAAAUGAAGGUGGUAAUAUAUUUUAAUUAAUACCUAACCUACAUUUCUUGUAUUUUCUCGUUUUUUUUUUCGGUUUUUAAAAUUUGCUGGAAAAACUCCUGGAAAAAUCAAAAAAUUAUCUCCCCACGUCGAUUUCCUCUCAGAAAAGGCGCUACACGUAGAAAUCCGAGCAAGUCUUCUGGUGGAAAAGUUGCGCACAAAUUAAAAAAAAAAAAAAUAAAUAAACAUCUUUGUAAAACUAUAAGCUUCUUGAGCUCCAUUCAGAAUCUAUAAAACGUAAACGGCAGUCGAAAGAGAUGAGAUAAUAUUAUUAUAUUACGAUUUUCAUUAGUUUAAUAAAUACGUAAUUUUUCUACCGAUCCGGGGGUUGUAAUUUGUAUUUGCGUUAUUAUUAUUAAUAUUAUAUAGUGCUCGGUUAAUUUAAUUGGCUCGCAUUUCAUUGUCAUCGUCCGCGUGAAAUAUUAAAAUAAUAAUUUCGAAAACGACCAUCAAUAAUAAUAACGUCAAUAUAAUAUAAUGUACUCGUAUAUAGUCACAUUUGAGACUAAACUCUCUCGACUUUAUAAUAACAAACUCGGAUAUAAUUGAUAGUAAUUAUCGUUAUAAUUAAAACGGAUCGGUUCGUAUAUUAAAACUGCGAUUAUUAUUUAACUACAAUAGGUAUAUUAUGAUAUUUUUAUAACGAUGAUUUUUUUUAUUAUUUUUCUUUUUUUGAUUAAUUAUUCGCAUUCAAGUUUUAAAUAAAAAUAAAUGACAACAUUUCUAUGCACUAAAACAGAAUACAAUUUUUAAAAAAUUAGACAGUUUCCAGUGUAAAUAGCUUAAAAAUCGCCAGAUUUUUUUAAAAUUGUAACAGAACUAGAGAAGACAAAUAUAAGUAUUCUGUAAUCAUGUCAGAUCUCCACGUCUAUUAUGUUCGACUAAAUUGCAACAAAAAAAAAAAAAUCGAAAAUAACAGAAACCUUUUUGACAUAAAUCAUCCCGUUUCGCAAACUAUUUAUCUUUGGUUUUCUCAGUUAUAAAAAAAAAAAAAAAAAAAUACAAGGAAAUAUUUGAUUUCCUGGUUUAUUUAAAACCACUUUUCUAAAUGAGCCGACUAAACUACACACUUUGCUGUUAAAAGUCACCCCUGAAAUCGACGAUAUAAGUUCAGAAUCUAAAACAAAAUUUAAAUUCACAGAGACCUUAUUUAUUACGUAAAUUAUUCCAUUCCUUCUAAUCAUCACGAAUACUACAAGAAAAAUCAAAAAAAAAUCACCUUUACAAUAUUAGAAAAAAUUACAAAACACGACGUUGACGAUAUUGGAGCAACGAUUCUGGUCGAAAUUUUUAACAAAACUGACAAAAUAAAAAAAAAAAAACAUAUACUAUCAUUAUAGUAAAAACCAAUACGUUCGCCCAGAAACUAAAACCGAAAAAUGCAACAAAAUCGGUUCGGCGGAAUGUAAUGUACCGCAGUCUGUGGUAUAGUGUUCAAAGCGGCACUAAAUGUAAUGAUAAUAUUAUUCCUAAACACCUGGCGUUCGUUCGAAUAAUAAUAUUCGAGCAUUAAAACGUGUCGGUUUCGAUACAUAAUAUGUGUGCUCCGGCAAGGCCUAUUAAUAUAUCUUUAUUACCAGGGCCGCGUAUUUUUUAUAUUAUUAUCGUGUUUGACGUUUCGUGUUAUUUUCAGCGUUCCAAUAAUGCUGCUGCAAUUGCCAAUUGUUUCGACGCGUGACGGAACAAUAGUAUAAUACGUGUGACCCGAGCAGUAGCGUAUUUACAGGUCAUUUUUUAGGUGGUACAAAAAUAAAGUUUAAACGGAUGGUUAACGCUGUAAAAGUUGAGUUCCGAUUGGGAGGGAGGGGUAUCCUCACCCGUGAAUACGCCACCGGACUCGAUCAGCGGUGGCGGUGGCGGCCGAAAAAUAUAGGCCCCGAAAAUGCAAUCGAAAAAUGUACGAUUCGACGAUAGUGGAUAUUUAACUAAAACGAACAUUUUUGUAUAUUUAUCGACUAUAUGUAUAAGAAACAGAGUCGAUAAUUUGUGAUUUUUGCAAGCUAUACAUUGGUUCUUCAACGAAAGGAUUUUAUUUUAUUCCGUUCGGUAAAAGUAAAUUAUAACGCGAUGAUUCUUGGAUUCGGAAGUUUUUGAGAAUUUCAAGUGAAAAUCGAAAAAAUUAUGAUUAUGAUUGCGAAUUUAUUGUCCAAUAUAAACCCAAUGAUUCCCUAAAAAAAAAAUAAUUACUAAAAAUUAAAAAUAAUUUACCUAUUUAAUGUACUUACUAAAAUUCUUAUAAGUUUAAAAAAAAGUUUUCCAGAAGUAGACAAAUUUUCAUUUUUGACUUAGGAAUUUUAAUUUGAAAACAAAAAUGAUCUCCAUAUUAUAAUUGUAUUCACUUGAUAAUGUAUUAUGAUAAACGUACACUUUUAAGAAUUAAUUUUUUUAUAAUUAAUGUAGAAUGUAAAUGAUAAUAAUCAUUUUAUAUUAAGAAAACAAUAUACUUGAAAAUGUGAGUAAUAUGUAUAAAUCGUUUUUCCUCCUAUACAAAAAGGAAUAUAACAUGAAUAUAACGAUCUAAUAUUAUUCCAUAAUAAUUGAAUUGUCAAAAAAGGUCGACGGAAUAAUUCAAAAUUUUUCAAUCUAAAUAUCACUGUACUGGAAUAAUCUUAUUAGCAGAAAAGUAUAUUAUAACUACAGCAACGUGUGCUAACUAGGUUGUUUGUUAAUUUCGGUUUUAUCAAAAUUCAGUGGACGAUACUUUCUGUUUUGGAUUGUUUGAAUAACUUUUAUAAUUGUAUUGUCUGUGAACAAAUUUUCGACUUUCGAAAGAAUUAUCGUCCAGGUUGAAAACUUUCUUGUAGCAUUUCGGAUACAUUGAGAGGUAAUUUUUUUAAAAUGCCCUUAUACUUUUCUUAUUAAUUGAAUUACCUGCUAGAAAAAAAGUCAAGAAAACGGAAAUAUUUACGUUAAAUAAUUAGGGUACGUUCAGAUCAUUUUUUUUUCACAGUUUUAAUUUAGUCAAAAGUAUUUUUUUCGCAGAACUUCAUUUAGAAUCGCAUUUCCGUUUACCGGCCACACUUGCGACAGUUUUUUCAGACACGAGGUUUUUCUUAUAAUUAUUGUGUUUCGACAGUAAUACCUACAGACCAUACAAUUGCUGCCGUCCGUUUUAUCGCUCGACCGACAGUAUUAUUACGCUACGACGAGGGUUAAUGACAUUAACAGAAAAAAAAAAAUCCAUCUAAUUGCGACACAUGAUCGAUUUUUUUCCCGAUAUUUUUUUCUAGUGCGGCCACCGUUGUUUUCAUCAUCCGGAGAAAAGCGUCACGUGUUUAUUGUUAGUUUUUCACUGUCGUCGCGCGUAACGUUGUCGCCGAUUUUACCGGUUGAACUUGAAUGCUUCGCGCAUCACCGAACGUCGCGUCCUUGGCUGCCUUGGGUAAAAAUGACAACGAUUUGUCGUUACUCGUGGAAUUUUGCCGCGGUACAUAAGUGACCCGAAUCGAUUAUAUGAUAAUUACUAUUGCCGGCAAAGCGGCUAGGGCCCCUUUGUGUGAAUGUUUUAUUUUUUUGUGUGUACUAUUCGUUUUAUUACGUUUUUGUUUGUUUUAAUUGCAUUAAAAUUCGUAAUUAAUUAACUAUCCGAUCAGUCGCAACAAAGGUUACGUUCCACAAACACCCUCUUCUCCAACACAGCAUCCGCCAUAUUUGUCACCGCUGCUGCAGCCGUGCAGCUCCCGUUGCAACAGUUCGCAACAGCGGAUUGAAAUUUCUGUGUGAAUUUAUUCCGUCAUAAUAAUAUUGAGAAGAACUGUAGGUAAGUGAAAAAGAAAACCAUAAAGGCAAUAGUUAAUUUAAUGAAUUAUAAAUUAGUCUUAAAUAAAGAAAAAUUUUCAAUAAAUAUUUUGUACAAAAUACAAAUGUAUUAAAUUUUUAAAAUCUUUUAAUUAUAAAUAUAAAUUCGUAAAUAUUUAAAUCCACAAAUACAAAUUUUGACGUAAAAAUAAACUAAAAAGAUAAUAUGUGCCUUUAAAAUUAAAUUUUAUUUGUGAACAAUUUCACUCUUGUUAUUUUGUUUAUGAUUGUUGGCAAAGUAUUUAUUUUAUGUACAUGGUUAUAUGUAUUGGUUUGUGACAAUACAUCAUUUAAGAUACAAUUCAUGGGUUUUAAACCCAAAUUACGAAAAAUAGACUUGAGUCUUUUUUCAUAAACACAGUUUAUAUCAGUUUUUUAUUCUCCUGAACAAUAUUAAUACUGAUAUCUCGACAAUUUACCGUUAUUGGUUUUCGUUACUGCUAUUCUUCACAUUAUAUCAUACGAAUAGAGAAUUGACAACGGGUUUUAGUAAUACUAGUAUUUUUUUUCUGUUCUCUGCACUCACACUGGCGAGUUUCUGAAAUGCACGACGAAGAUAUGCAAAAUUCGUUCAAGAGAUAAUCCAUAGAGAUUAUGCAACAACAAUAUCAGUAAAGAUUUAUUCGUGCCGAAUCAUAGGUCACGAUCAAAAAUCUACGGUUGUUUUAGAUUCUAAACUAAGCGAGGAAUCUAUUGGUAUUACUGUAAUGUGUUUUUUGUUGUGUCUGUGAACCACUUUACAACCAGAAAUCUUGCUCUAAUCAAAAACUGUGUAGGUAUUUUCUUAUAGCAUUAUUGAUGCAUUGAUAAGUUCAUUUUUUAAAUCGUGUAUCAUGUUUUGUCGAUUUCUAAUUUACCUUGGCAACAAAUCGUUUUUCGUUAAUAAUGGUUUAUCAUUGCAUUUAAAUUAAAUUACUCCAUAUAUUAUUCUCCCUUCCAAAUUCCCUUUUAAAACACACCCAACAACAUUAUCAGUAUUUGUGAAUAUUAUUGUUUAUCAGUCCAUGAUAAAAAAUAAUAUGUUAUCGUCGUACAUCGUCGUUCUAAAUCAAUACUCUAAAUCACGUCAUAAAAUGCAUUGUGAUAAUAUUUGGUAGCACCUGCAUUUACUACGGAUGACACAUGCCUGAUUCGUUAAUGUUUUUCAUUUGUUUCCGUCAAUUGUAUUUACAUGUUAUCCCGUCAUCGUACCUAUUCGUGUCGCAACGCACAAAUAGGUUUUCAAUAGUUCGAAUGACGAUAAUAUAAUAUGAACGAUUUCUAUAAUACAAUAUAUUUGCAGGAAAAUUUUACAACCAAACAAAUUCGGUAUCCGUCAUCUAUUAUCAUAAUAAUAUGACGUGCAAAGAUAUGUAAUAUAAAUUUAAAUGUAUAUAUAUAUAUAUAUAUAUCGGGUGUCAUGUUAUUGGCGUAACUAGUAAAUUAAAGUUUUGAGUUGUAGAAAUCACCUAUUUGAUUCCGUAGUGUUACACAAAUAAAAUAUCGCAUAUAGGUACUCGUUGCCGCACGCCGUUUGAUCCGUCAACGUAGUGUCGCAAAUAUAAUUUUUUGUCAAUAUUAUUUUGUCUCGCUUUACACCAAUCAAACUAUUAUAUUAUGAUAUUAUUGUUAUUAUUAUUAUUAUUAUUAUUAUUAUUACUAUUAUUGGUAACUAAAUCUACUUACUUAGCUGUCUGUCGGCGAUUUGCAAUAGUCAUUUUUCGUUUUAAAACCGUUACAGUUGUCGUCCGAAAAAAAUUAAUAGAUGUACGUUAUCAAAAAAUUCCUAAGUAUAUAAAUUGAACAAUUUACAGUGUAAUAGAAUGAUAAACGAAUCGUAUUUCCCAAGAAGAUGUAUGUUCAUUAUAUUUAUAGGCCUGGGAAUGUAAUGUCACCUAAAAUUCAAAAUAUGCCCCCUUAAAAAAAAAAAAUUUUAUAUCCAAAAAAUGCAAAAUACUAAGUCCACUAAAAUAAAAAUUUUUUUUUUUUAAAUGAAAAAUUUUAAAACUAUGCAAAAUAAUAUUUCAUAUUCUCAUUCAAAAAUACAUGAAACGAAUUUGUUACAAAACAAGCUACUUGUUAUCAGCUGGGUUUUUGACAUUACUAUUACUACUGUCUGACAAUAUAAUACGAAUAAAGGUACCUUCUUAAUUGUUUCUUAUGCAUAAAUCAUUUUUGUUUCUAUAAAUAAUGAAGUCGAAUUUCAAAUUUGAAUGAAGAUAAUGACUUCCGAAUAAAAAAUGGACAAUAAAUGCAAAUCAAAUUUAUUAUUCUCUUUCAAAACUACAUGAAACGAAUUUAUAACAAAAUGAAUAUGGCAAUCUUUGGCAAAUAAAUACAAAGUGCAUUAAAAUUUCAGCCCUCAUUAUAGAUACCUAUGUUAGAACUUUUUAAACUUUCCGCUUUCGUAAUUUCAGUAUAACAUAUUCUUCAAAGCCAGGCCACCUGCAAAGUAACGAGAAAGGACACUUCGAUAAAAAUUACACUUAAUAGGUAGAUAUUAUUAUGGCCGCUCGAAAAAUAAAUUAAGGGACAAAUUUAAAUUUGUCCAAGUGCCUAACAAGCAAUAAUAAUCGCUUCGGUUUACGAAUGAUGUUUGACGGUAGUACUGAUGGAACCUAACAACCUAAUCCAACAACUGGAUAAAACAAAAACCCCAUUAAAAACGUUUGUCUGAAUGUGUGAUAACUAUUGUCUAUACAGUAUCGACUGUCGAUAAAUUCGACAUGAUUUACACUGAACGAGUAUAAUGAAAGGGAAUUAUUAAUAAUAACCCGUAGAAAUUUUCGAAAUAUCGGACGUUUUUUUUUAAAAUGUCCGGAACGUCCUUUCUGAGUGCAGUUAAUCCACUGUCAGACGUCGGAAUAAUAAUGAAAUAAUAAAAAAAAAAAUUGAAUUCAAAACGAUGAAGUAAUUUCGCGUUAUUUAUUCGGUUUACUCCGUUGUCAACGCCGCACUAACCGUGAAUGUAAUAAAAUGGCCGAAUAAAAACUUAACAAAUAGGUAUCCUUACCGCAAACACAAUGCCCAUAAAAUAUGUUUUUUAUUGUUUGUUAAAAAUAUAAAGUACAGGUACGUAAUAAUAAUCAUAUAUAUUAUGUACACAUGAAUAAUUGAGGUACGUGAAGGUGGCUGAAUAAUUGGAAUAAUAAUAUCAUAUUAUUACUAUCGACUAAUCGCCAGAGGCGUAUUUACAUUUUUAGUUCCCUUUCAUAAAAACACAUCUUUUAUUAACAACACACUGAAAUUUCGGGCGUUGCUGGGUCAGUGUAAACUGUAGGAUGGGGUUGGUAUUUAAUACAGACUGAUAUUUUACCAUGUCUUAAAAGAUUAUGACGCCCCCUUGAAAUGAGGCACCCGGGGCCAAUGCUCUCCCUGGGCCUCUCCUAAAUACGUUCCUGCUAAUGAGAGACCUAUAAAUUAAAAAGUGUGCGAGCGCGUUAUUUCUUGAAUUUACGGCAGAACAAUAUCGGUAAGGGCCGCGUGUGCUAUGGAGCGAACAAUAAUGAUACAUAAUAUUAUACCACCUUAAGCACAGAAGAGUAGUCGGACAUUUAUCUGUUAGUGGUGAUGAGGGGAAGGGGGACCAUUGGGUAUGGAAAAUUAAAUUGUAUUAGAACACAGCUGUUUUUUUAUUUGGAACAAAGCUAUAAUAAUAUACAGUUCGUAGCACAAUUAAUUAAAAUAAAUAAUUCUAUGGAUAUAAUGAUAAAAUUGACCAACGACGAGUCCCUAAUAUUCCUUGUUGGAUUAAUUAUUAUAAUUCUCAUUACUGUCAUUGUGAGUUAUUAUUAUUUAAAUUAUUUCUUUAUUAUAAUCAAUUAUGUACAAUUUUAAUCGACUAUAAUAUUUCAGUUUAUUUGUUAUUAAUUGUAAAACAUUUAAUUGGGUUAAACCCGUCUAUAUUCCGAAAAGCAAAUAAAUAAAAUGUUAAGUUACCGAAAAUGUGUGUGGAAAAUACAAUUACAUAGUCAAAACAACAAAUAAAAAAAAAAAAAAAUACUAUAAGGAUACACUAAUAUGGUUUUCACCCAUGCUUAAAAUAGCUAUAUUAUAAGAAUUUACAAUGUUUACUACUUUCGUAGUACAGUUCUUAAAAAACAAACAAUUUUUAUAUUCAACGCGUUAAUAAUAAUGUACAUAUUUGAAAAAAUGUAUCCAAAAUAGAUAUUAUCGUAUAUUUAUAUUAUGAUCUAAAAUGGAUAAUUUACAAAAAUAUACUAGAGUAUAAGCAUUUGUUUUGCUUUGUUUUUUUUUUUUUUUUUUUUAACAUGAACUUCGUUCAACCGUUUACAUUUGCUCAACAGGAUCUAAAUUAAUGUUUUUUAAAGCACAAGGUGUGCAGUAAAAAAUACAAAGUAAGAAGCUUGGAACAUCUAUGUGUUUUAAAAGAAUGUGUUCUUAGACAAAGGACGUUAAUGAAACGUUAAUCUCGAGGCAUCAAAAAUGUAAAUUUACGUCUCUGUGUGUAUUUGCAUGUUGGUGUUUUUUUCAUGUUUAACGAAAUCAACUCACAGUCCUGUAUUGUUUGUCGGUAUAGAUUUCAAAAGAGAAAAUGGCUUUCACGGGAUGCCGGUCGGCGGAGGUGGCCACGGUAUCAAACAGCAUGCAUCUCCUUACAAUAUACCAGUCGUCGGAGAGGAUAAAGUCCUUUACAGCGAUCACUUGGGCGGUGGAGUCGGUGGCGGAAGUUACGGGCCAAGUGCGCACCACUUCGGUGGAGGGAUGGCCGACGACUUUGAAGAUGGCAAACACGACUUGGACGAUCAUUUGGGACCGCUCGUGGACGAUCACGAUCACGAACACGAUCACGAUUACGACAACGGCGCUGGAUUUGACAUCGGAUCGUCGCCGUAUAAGUACCACCAUGACGUAUCCCCGAAAGGCGACACUCACGGCGUCGACGAUCAGGUAGGUUUAGCCGUUUUAAAAUUUUAAUACACGACGGUAGGCCUCACUCGCUUUUGAAGUCAGGACGUAAAAUUUGUGUCGGAACCUUGUCGAUUAAACAACGGGGGAAAAAAAGGUUAGGUUAUAGAAUUGUUGGUGACUCGAAACUUCGAAACUCGAGAAUUAUAAUAAUUCGAUACCGACCAACUCGCUAAAAUAGACACAAAUUUAUAUAAUUACUUAUUUGUUUUCCCGCGAUCGUGCCAUUCCGGCCUUUUAGCACUGACUUUGCUCGUCACGUAAUGACAAUACGGUACCAAAUGUCACCAAACUUAAAUAAUCGCCAAAUUUCGAGGUAGGCGAACUAUACAAAAGCUUAUGUAGUUAUACUCAUAAUUUAUAUAAUACGGCAUCGUUAAGUGCACUAUUCGCAACUGAAAUGUUUGCGCAGUUUUAAUAAUAUCAUGUAUGACGUUGUAACUAAAACUAUAGGCUUAUAGGCAUUGUAGGAAGUGGUGAUUUUCCGUCUUUGUCUAAUACACGCGCAACAUAGGAAUUUAGACGUGUUUUUAUUGCAACGUGCCGAUUGAUCCAUAAUGAAGCGAUAAUAUCGUUAAAAGCAGAUGUGAAUUUGUCACCAAGGCUAUUUUAGAUCGAUUCUCCCACAUUUUUCAUUGUAUUCCCUUAAACACUAAAAAAAAAAAAGAGUUAUUAAAAAAUGGAUAUUGUAUUGUUUGAGUAAUUUUUGUACAAAAAACCAAAAAGUAAAAAAAUCGAUCUCAUAUGGACUUUAUUCAAACAAAUUCAAACAUUUUUUUAGAAUUUAUAUCUGUUUACUAGAUCGUUAGACCAAUCGAUGCUUCGGAAUAAAAACACGUCUAAAUUCUUAUGUUGUGAAUGUGUUGGUUGCCCGUAAUUUACUGUAAAUAUUGUUUUGCGCGGAAAAAAAAACUAUUGAGACAAUAAACUUGAUUAAGAAAUCAAAUUUUCAUUACAGAAAUAACUUGUUCUAGUUUUUUUUUUUCGUUAUUACAGAUACGAAAAACAGUUACUGUAUAAUUACUAUAUAAGUUACUAAAUAACAUGGUUUCAUCGUGUUACAAAAAUACACGUAGAUGUUAAUAAAUAACAAAUUAAUUUAAAUUAUAUGCAAUGAAACUACACUAAAAUAAGUCAACUUAAUAUUAUAUAAACAUAAACUUUUCAUGCUAAUAUAGAUAUGGAGGAUCGAUAUUAUAGGAAUGAUGCAUACGGUGCAGAGAAUGGUUAUGGCCAUAACUUAAUAAGAAGUGGAAUGAGAAGGAAUACGAAAAAGAUUAUGGUUUUUGGCAUGGUAUAAAAAAGGGACACGAAAUAGUAUGUUCGGUAAAAUAUCAAGAACGAGGAUCCGUUAAGAAUGGAAGUAAAGAGCUUCACUUUGACGUCAGAAUAUUCGCUUGGGACGGAAAUAAAUCGACAGCCAACAUAUUAUUAAGUAUAAUAAUAAUAUGUUUUUCGGACGAAUAUAUUAUAUUAUGUUAUUGCAGUAUACACAAAACGGUGACCGAACAAAAGAAAAUGGAUAAAUUACAUAUAUUUAUAAACGAAUAUAUAACAUUUCGAAUGCAAUUCGAAACCGUCUCGCGUGUCUUAGAUAACCCCGCCCGCUAUCCGUUUUAAACAUUGUCGUUAUGAUUUACGAUUUCUAUUUUUCUUCGUCUUAUACAUAUUUUAACGCGUUUGCAUUUUUAUCCCAUUUGUUCUUCGUCCUAUAAAGCCUAUGUAUAUAUAUAGUUUCGCAUUUCGCCAAAGGUCUCGAGGCCAAAAGUUUCACCUCGCGCGAAUUGUGCGCGCGAACAUGAUUUAUGAUGAACGUCGACCGUUUUUCAUCGAAUUGCAGAUCUCGAAAAUUCGGGUUUAUAUAGUAUAUAAUAUAUAGUAGGUAUGUACGUUGCUUAUUGAUAAUGUGAUAUUUACAGAGUAUUUAUACGCAUACAUUUGUACAACUCUAAUGCUAUCUCGCCAAUGUGCAAUUACGAUCGAUAUAAUAAGAAAGACUGAUUUCUGAAAAAAAAAAUCAAAUAAGAAAUGUAAUGUAUUUAAGACUCUGAGUAUGUUUUAUUUAUCAAGAUGCAUUUUCAUUUCUUAUUUAUAUUUUAGAUUCUGAGUGGAAUGAAGAAACUUAUGGUUUUACAAAGAUGUUUAGUUUUUUUUUCCUGUGGACAACUUUUCUGCCAGAGAACUUACUCCGAUUUUUACGUGUAGCACCUUAUCUGAAAAGAGAUUAGUGUGGGGAGCUACUUUAAGAAGGUCAUUUUUCGAUUAGUUUUCCCAGAAAAUAUGAAAAACCAGGAAAAAACAUGAUAAACCGGAAAAAAUGUAGGGAAAACGGGAAAAUUGGUACAUUAAAAAAAUAUUAUUAUAGAUAAUAUAACAUAAUGCCUAUUUAAUUAUUUUAUCAUAAUAUGACAUAUAUUAUUGAAAAAGUAUCACUUUCAAUUGAACUUCAAUCAGAAUCGUUUUUUCGUUAGCAAUGGUUAAUCGUUGCUAAUAGAUAUACAUUAAAUAACCUAUACAGUGACUGCACCCGUCCCCGAUUAUCCCCUAGGACGCCUAUUUUUUGUUUUGUUUUUGUGAACGACAUUUGCAUUAAAAAUCUUACUCUGAUUUUCAAGAGUAGUAUCUUUUUUGAAAGCAAAUUGUAUUUUGUCGGUACAUCUGGGAAGUCAUAUGCGAUUUUCUUUUUAGUUUUUUUUUUUUUUUUUAUAAAAACCUGCGAAAAGAAGCAAUGAGGAAAUAUACGAAAGUAUUAAAAAUCUUCUCGGAACGUGGUCGAAGAAUAUUAUUCGAGUAUACAAGAUACUCCAGGCUGGUUGACUCCUUGAGCCGGGCAGGGCAUGCAGGACUUUCUCUACGCAUGUUAUUUCGGUAUACAUUAAGCAUCACUCAUCAUUGCUGUAUUGAUAUAGGCGAUAUAGUGGGUCCGCCAACACAUAUCCCAUACAGCUUUUGAAUUAUUAAAUAAACGAUGGUAGCAGUGAUGUCAUAUAAUGUAAGCACAGAUCCUCCACUAUUGUUGGUUUGAAAAGCAAAAAAAUGAGUUUACACGCAUAUCGUGUGUAUAAUAUAUUGUGAUUCACCGCGGUGUAGUGGAGUAGAAUUUUUACUGGUAGCUCCGAUGAUAUUACUACAAUAAUAUAAGCUCGUAUCUAAACGAAUACACAAAUCAAAAGUGUACUUACGACCACACAUAAAUUCCCGGAAGAUGUCUCAUAAUUAUGUAAUGACGAUUCAGCAUGUACAAUUGUGGACGAAAAACGAUUUAACCUUUUGAAGUCAUCAACAUUUAAACCGGAUCGGCGGUAAAAAAAUUGAUUAAGCGCGGUACUUCAAAGGUAUCAUUUCAGUUUUUUAUACGAGUGUGCAAAUAUUUUAUGAAGCAAGACGUCUCAAGCGAAUUAUUGUCAAAACACAUUUUUGAAAUGUAAUGUGGUCACAAAAUGUCAAUAAAAAAAAAAUUAAAUACUUUAGCUUGAAUGCCAUAAUGGACACAAAUUGUAAAAGGGUACGGCAAACACUCUUAACACCCCCUACUCCAUUCCGGUAUUUUUAUAUUUUUAUUCUUGACGAAUAACAAUCCGGUUAUGACAUUUAGGUUUGGUAAUUUUUUCUCUUCACAAAUAAAUUUUAAUUAUCUCUUAUGCUCUAUAACUCAAUGAUAAACCAAUAGUAUUUUUCUAUUAAUAUUUGAUAUAAUAGUAUUUGAUUAUUAUUAAUAGGUAUGUUUUAAAUUUAGAGUGGAGGGAGAAAUGUAUUGGUUUUGUAUUUGGUUAUUUUUUUUUAUAUAUAUGAACAAUUUUUCUACCAAAAUUUUGCACUGAUUUUUAAGUGUAGCGUCUUUUCUGAAAGAAAAUUUGACUGAGGUCGUACUUUAAAAGGGAUAUUGUUUUUAUUUUUGAGAGGUUUUUAUAAUAAAUUUGGAAAAACCAGAAAAAAACGUAGGAAAAUAGAAAAAUUUACCAAAUGUAUUAUUUUCAAAUUGUAUUCAAAUCGUAUUAGUAUAGUCUUUCAGAACAUGUAUAACCGAACUCCGUUUAAAAUCGGUUUUUUUAUUAAUGGUUAAUCCUUACGUAUAAAUAUACAUUAAAUUUCCCUUCUAUCUUUCCAACUUCUCACCUACAACAAUGGCUAACCUAUCACAAGUAUGUCCGUUUGCUUUUUUGUUUAUAAUUUGUUUUUUUGUUAUACAUUGAUGAACAAUUAAUUUUUAUAAGGUGUGGGAUAUUUUGAAAAUUUAAUUUUCUUCACUCCUUCCUCUUUCUUAUUAUAUACUUAAAGUACAUAUCUAUAACUACUAGGUCGUUUUUUUUUUUUUUUUUUUUAGAACUAUUACGGAUCGCCUUACACGUACAACGAGCACAAGUCGCCAGGCAGACACCACUCGAAGGAGGGCGGAUCGUUCAAAAAAGCAGGUCAUUACUACUCGCAUGGUUCGAAAGGUGACAGCGGAUACAAACAUCACAAUGACUUUGACAAGGGUAGCAUGGGCAAGUACGGCAAAGACGACAUGAAAGCCCACUAUAAAAAAGCGUCCGGGCACAAGCACGCACACGAAAACGAAGGCGAUCACUACGGCAAGCACACGAGUACCGAGCACGGAAUUAAGGGUAACAAGUUCGGAGAGGAGGCCAGCCACAAGAAGGGCCAAAAGACGACCGGGUUCCACAACGUGUACCACAAGGACGAGUACAACAAGGACACGAAGUUCUACGAUGACGCGCACAAGCACGGCAAGUUCAACAAGUACGGGGGCGCGCACAAAGAUUUCACGCACAAGGAUGGUGGCCACAAACACGGCACCCACCACGAGAGCGGUUACGACGAGGGACACAAGGGCAUAGGUGGUCAUCACAACAAGGGCGGUUACCACGAGGGACACAAAGGCCACAGCGGUGAGUCCGGUCACAAAUCGCACCACGACCACAAGGCCGAGUAUGACACAAUGUCCGACAACAAGAAGUAUGGCGAACACGACGACAUCGGCCAUGGUGGCGGUGGUGGCUAUGACUUUUAUUGAGAAGCUUAGCUAUGGCAAUAAAUCGUCGUGCUUCGGUCGAAAAAUUCUUUUAACCUACUCAUUAUAAUUUCACUGUAUUAAAGAGACUUGAUAGAUCAAUUCAGAACAAUUAAUCGACACAAUUGAGACACUCUAACUAUAUUACUUUAUUAUUAUUAUUAUUAUUGUUAUAUUAUUAUUAUUAUUAUUAUUAUUAUUAUUAUUAUUAUUAUUAUUAUUAUUAUUAUCAAUAUCGUUUGACGUCGUUCGGAACGAAUAUGUAUGCGUUUUGAUGGCAGUAAAUCGAUCAAGCUCGAACGAAAAUAUCCCUCCGGUUUGCGUACAUCACAAAUAUAUUCAAGAAACUAUAGAUUGCUAACUGAUGAUAAGAAUUGAAGUUUGAAUACGCCAUUUAAUUCGAGACUCGUAGGCCUUAUCGUAUACUUUUAUACUGUGAUAACUGUUAUUCUGUACAAUACAGAUAGUAAUCACGGUCUUGAUCACCGCGGUAACAAUGGUAAAAAUACAGAUAAACAGUUAUCGAAAAGUAUAUGAUCAGUCCAAAAUCAUAAUUGUGAUGUAGCGGUCAGCAAUCUAGUUUAUUGUACAUAAUUUUGUGACGUAGGUACAUGUAAGUACCCACUAGACUGCGGUUUCAUGCUGAAACUGAUAAUCGGAUUUUAAGGAGAUGCCCCGUCGACAGAAAACAUUUCACGCAUUUUUUUUUUACUUGAACUUAUGUAUAAUAUAUAUAAUAAACGCGAAUCGCAAAAAAUCUCGACGCCCAUGUAUAAAAUGACGCAGGAGCUCAGUGGCACCGAGACGACUGAAUCUUUCUUUUUACCGAAAUAAACUGCACUUGGGUCAUUAACAAUCAACUGCCGAACUGCACUUCGAACAAAAAAAAAAGCUUGAAGGAAAAGUUUUAAAAACCCUAAUUUCCCUUCCCUGCAAUUAUAUAUUUCCCAAGUAUACAGUCUUGAAAUACUAAAAUGUUGCAUGCUGAAUAAUGUUGUUAUCCGUUAAAUUAUCUUAAUCGAAUCCCAUCAUUUUUCAGGACCAUUGUACAAGAUUGAUAGUUUUUAAAUGAAGUUAAUUUUUUUCAAUCAGUUUUGUUGAAUCCCAAAUGUUCUCUUCGAAUGUUGUAAUUCGAAUUUUACCUUUGUUUUAACCCACGUGCAAUUUAAUAUUAUCCCUCGCUAACCUGGUAUUUAAAACCUGGUCGCGAACCGAAAUGGUUAAAAGAACUGCAAAAAUAUAAUUAUUCUCGUCGCUCGUAUUAUAAAUGUUCCACUGUUAAGUCGCCUGAAUAUUCAAAAAAAUAAAACAUAAAUGAAUAAAUAAACAACGCGAUAUUAUCCGAUUCGAUAUAUACGACCCGCGAUUUAGUGAUGUGACCUCGGCGCUUUUACCUUGUAAAUUAUACUACUUAUUUUUUAAAUUAAGAUUUUUACAUAACAUUAUCUACACUAUAUUAUUAUAUAAGUGGGACGAAAUGCUAUUGCGGUAAGGUUUCCGUGUAUAGAUUUGGUCGUUUUUGUAUU